ACAUCACAGAUCCACAUCACAUGCUGAUCCUGAUCCUGAUCCAGCUUCCCAGCAUGCCAUUCAUCUCCGUCUGUGGACCGUCUGACCGUCUGACCGUCAGCCAGGUCGCCUUCCCCCGUCCUGUCAGCCGGUAGACUCCAUGGCGGACCGGCUGGAUGCUGGAUGGGAUCUGUGAUCUGUGGAUGUGUGGAUGUCUCCAGUAGCGGGAUGACACCGACAUCAGGAUAAAGGAGAUAAAGGAGAUACAGGAGAUAAAGAAGCAUCUCCUCCUCCUCGUCUUUGCUGUCUCUCUCUCUCCUCCCGGCGGAGACAUGAGGAACCCGGUGGCGGAUCUAGCGCUGACACUCUGGCUGCUUCUAGAGUGUGUAGAAGCCAAAAAGUACUGCUGGUAUCUUGAAGGCGGAUACCCCAUCUACUUCAUAUGUCGCUCCUAUGAGGACUGCUGUGGGACUCGCUGUUGUGUGAGAGCCCUGUCCAUCCAGAGACUAUGGUACUUCUGGGUGCUGCUGAUGAUGGGAGUAUUGUUCUGCUGCGGUGCUGGCUUCUUUGUCCGCAGAAGGAUGUAUCCGUCCCCUCUGAGAGACGAGACAGCCUUCAAUGUCUCCUUCACCAGACACCCUGCCACAUCACCAGUUUCCCAGCAGCCGGGGAGUAUGCAGGGCUUCGGGGUCAACGGGAUGACGGGUGGCGACCCAGGUGUUACCAUGACACACCCGGCAUACCCGGCACAGCCUGGCUCUGCCCAUAUGAUGAUGGGCUCCUUCCCUCCGCCUCCGUCCUACUGCAACCAUCCGCCUCCGUCAUACGAACAAAUAUUUCAUAACAGCAACAAGAAGUAACAUCUGCAAGGAACAAAUGAGGUGGAACUUGACAAGGAAAAAAGGAAGGAAGGAAGGAAGGAAGGAGGCAGUGAGAGUUCAGAUGAAGAUGAGGAAGAGGAAAGAGCUGCCAAUUGUUUGCAACUUAGCUGUUUGUGAAUGUAAGACUUGGAAGACACACAAUCUCUUGUCCCUGUGGAAAAGACCAAAAGAGGCACAAUAACCAGAAUCUAGAUGCACGGACACACACUCACUCAUUCACGCACACACACACACACACACACGCACACGCACGCAGACACACAC